AUGGAUUCUGUUUCUGAGCGGAGGGUUUCUAAAACCCUCCCAUUUCUACUCUCAUCCUCAAAUUCAAAAUCCUCUCGCACUCUGUCUUUUGACGAUAGCUACUCACGUUGUCGCUGUAGUCCUGAGUUCACGAUGGAUUUGAGGUUUAAAAAUAUUAAUUGGGUGGAGAAUAUUUGCCAGAAAUUUGAAACAGUGUGCCAGGAGGUGGAUGAUAUUGUAUGCCAGGAUGCAGUCAAAUAUCUUGAGAAUCAGGUCCAGAAUGUUGGAGAUAGUGUGAAAAUCUUUUAUUCUGGAAUAGUAGAUGAACUAUUACCAUCCUUUCAUGAGGAUCAUCAUGCAGUAGCCGAGACAAAUAGCAUUGACUUUUCAGAUUCAGCUGAGUCAGAUAAUAAUAAUAAUAAUAAAAAGUGGGAUGAGGAAAAUCCCAUCCAUCAUUGUUAUGGGGCAUUGAUGGAUUCUAAUUCCAUUGAUAUAGCUGAUAAUAAGCAUCAAGCAUGCUCAGUGGAAGAUUCUUACAUAAGUCACGAAGAAGAAGUUGGUCUUGAUGAUUCAAGAGUAACUCCCGUGUCUAAGAAUGAAAACAUCUACACAAGCAUUAAAGAGAGUGUUCCCGUGUCUAAGAAUGAAAACAUCUACACAAGCAUUAAAGAGAGCAGCAUUAAAGAGAGCGUUGUUGAGUCUGUUUCUAAACCAACGAACUUGAUCUCUCUUGGAAAGAGAGAAUCCCUGGAAUUCUCAUUCAAAACUAAGGAUAUGGAAAUUCCUAUCAAUUAUUUUUGCUUGGCGUUGCAUGAUUCUGAUGACAUUGAUGUUGCUGAUAUUCAGAAAGCCAGUGGACAUACCAGGCACAUCCUUGCAAAUAAAGUUAGUGAUGAAUCUUGCUCAGUUUCUUUGGAGCUGGAAAAUUCUUAUAUUACUGAGGAAGGAGUCAGUGAUGACCCAAAAGGGACUUCUGGUUCUACUAAAGAAAAUAUUCAUACAAGCAUUGAAGAGGUUGUUGAAGAGGUUGCUGUUGAGUCUGUUCCCAAACCAAUGAAUUUGAUAUCGGUUGAAGGGAAAGAAUCCCUGAAAUUUCCUAUACCCAAUGAAUAUUCUGAUUCUUGUGACUUUGGAUACAAAGUUUCAAUCAGAACAAUGAAUGUGAAUGCAGGGCAAAACUCAUGUUUGAUUAAUGCUAUGAACACGUCCCCAGUGAUGAGUUCCCAGUCUCUUGAGGAAGAAUCAAUUAACGAAUCAAUUAAAGUCUCUGUCUAUGUGUUUCCUAAAUCCUCUGAUACUGAUCAGAACACACAUGAUAUACUUGCUGAUGUUUUGCCUGAGGUUGCAGUUUCAAGUGAAAGGUCUAUGACAAAGACUGAACCUUCAUGCUUCAGUUGUUCCUUACCUAUGAACAAAAGUAAAUCACAGGUAACCUCUAUUGCAUCCUGCAUGGAAACCAUUCAAUUGAACGAUGAUCCUGAUCCAAAGCCAGAGAAAGAUUGUGUAAAUGUCCAGGAUAGGGAACUACAUGCAGUUGUCCAUAGAACUCGAAAGCUUAGAUCAUAUAAGGAAAAAAUCCGGGAUGCAUUUUCUUCAAAGAAGAGGUUAUCCAAAGAGUAUGAACAGUUGGCAAUAUGGUACGGAGAUUCUAAAGUAGAUUUUUCAUCAAAGAAGGUGAAUAUGGAUAUGGAACUUGAUACAGAAAUUGAUUGGGAGCUGGUGUAA